UAAAAAAAUGAAGAAAGAAAAUCUCUCUCUCUCUGUCUUGCCUUUCGUGACCUUCCUUCUUUCUUUCGAUGAACAACGCAAUCUACUUCGUUCAUCUUCCUCUCCCGCUGAUUCGACUGUGUAUAAAAUCCUCCGCCACAUGCUCAUGCGCCGCUAGUUUAUCGAUUUGGGUAGCUGCUAAUUGAGUGGGAGAUCGAAGAGUUGGUGCGUGCUAGCGCAGUUGUAGAGCUUGCUGUUUUUCUCGGUGUGGAGAUCCGACACUGAGAGGAUGUUCGGUGAAGGAGAGAUCAGCGCAACAUGUUCGUUGGCACUGGUAUUUGGAAAUCUUUCUCCACUUUAUGUCAUCAUUCCUCUGGCACGCUCGAUGUGGAAGCUUCGUGUUGAUCAUGUCGUCCUGCUCUAGUAUUUAAAUUUGAAUUGCACUGUUUUCAUGUAGUAAUGGAAGCAAGGUGGAAUAAAGAUCUUGGGCAUCGAGUAGCUGUUAAGUGCAAACCCCAAGGUGCAACACGUAAAGAGGGGCAGAGAGGUACCCUGUUUCCACAACAAGUUAGUUCGAACUCAUUGGUUGGCAAGCUCCGUAAACGUAAAAGACUUGAUGGAUGCAAGACUGAGUGUAGUUGUUGGGCAAGGAACUCUGUUUCGAAGAAUUACACACGUUUUAUGAAGAGCAGCCUGCCACAAAGGGUUCUGUUCUUUCAAGACAAUGAAUGGAAUGAUUUUCCAACUUACAUUGUUGAGUUGAUCAGGGAAAGUUUUGAGUUGAAAAAUGCAGCAAUUGAAGUGAAGUCCAAUGGUUGCCAUUUUUUGUUGGAUAUCUUGUACAUGAGCCAGUGGGAUUUCGUAACAGGUUCACAAAGACAUAUUGCAUGGAUUGACGAAGCCGGUCGCCACUUCUUCCCUGAACCUUAUGCAGGUGCUACUGGGAUGCAAAAGUCCUGCCAAUCUGAAUUAGAGGCUGAUGCUGGUUACUCUUUUGAGAUACCAAAUGGGAUGCAAGAGAUUAAGCUGCAGCUGGAUAUCGAAAUAAAUGGAGCCCAUACAUGUUAUAUGGAAGAAGGCGUUGAAGAGUCAAGUUCCCAUGUCAAGAAGAUUAAAAUUAACCAAAUUCCUGCUGAUUGCAACGAGGAUGCGGAGGACAAUGUCGAACUUGAUAAACCUUUGGAUAAAAAAUUGGAGGAUAUAGUUGGGGGUGGUCAACUAAUGAAUAAAGUAGCAGAAACUAAAAUUGGACCCGUGCAUCAGCACAUAAAUUCUGAUACCGUUAGAGACAUGUUUGUUAUGGGAAUGGGGUUCCUCAUGCGCUCAGACAUAAUUGAAAUUAACCAUUGCUCUAGUCAUUCAAUGCAAGCUCGAUUGGAACUCUUUGAAAAGCAAGUUGAGAUCACAAGAAAUCUUCGUGGGGAUCCAAAUGUUAAGUAUGCUUGGCUUGCAGCUAAUAAGGAUGCUGUAUCUAGUAUUAUGAUGUAUGGUCCCGGUGCAGGUGGAUUUAAGAGAGUGUGUACAUAUGGCUCUGCAGUUCAUCUCACAUCUGUCGAUAAUACACAUAUUAGUGCAAAGUUUUGUGAUGAUGAUGAAAAUGGGGUAAAACACAUUGUGCUCUGUCGUGUCAUAUUGGGCAGUGUUGAGCUCGUCCAUCCUGGAUCCAGACAAUUCUGUCCUAGCAGCAACAACUUUGACAGUGGAGUUGACGAGCUCCAAAAUCCACAGUACUAUAUAGUUUGGAAUAUGAAUAUGAACACGCACAUUUUUCCGGAAUUUGUGAUAAGUUUCAAGAUUCAAGCUAGUGCUGGAGGGCAUCUAGCUGGAAAGAAUUGCCGGAAUGAGCUAUCAGAAACAACAGUUAGUAAAGGGCCUGUUGAUCAGGCUACAUUACACCAUUCACCUGUGGAGCCUAGACUUCAGGGAAAAGAUGAUACCUUGGGUUCAAGCUCUGCAAAGACUCCCAAAUCUCCAUGGAUGCCGUUUCCUUUAUUGUUUGAUGCCAUCUCAAAAGAAGUUGCUGCCAAGGAUAUGAACACAAUCAAGGCUAAUUAUGAACUUUUCAGGACCAAGAGGAUCUCUCGAAUUGACUUCAUCAAGAGGUUGAGAUCAAUAGUCGGUGAUGAAUUGUUGAGGUCCAGCAUAAUGAGUCUUCAGGGCAAGCCGACUCUUGGAUCUAGUCACUCAAAGGUGCCUAAGCUGGAGCAAGAGGUUUGAAUCUUCUUAUUUGAUUAUGCAAUGCUGUUGCCCUUAGUGUCGUGGGGAUUGCCACUGCAUUUAGAUCUUGGCUUCUUUUUCCGGGUUGUUUGAAGGUAUCUCUUUUUGGAUCCUUAUGUAUAUAUUCGUAAUUCUAUGGAAUUCUUGCUGGUUGCUGCUCAGCCUAGUAAAGAACUCCACUGCUGUUAGUGAUUUUUCAUGUUGGAAAAGAAACAAUCGGCAUAUUAUUUACCUGA